UAUAUCAUAUCCUUUUGCUCUGCACUGGCUUCGGAAUCUGCAAAAUACGUCACUGCAAGUCUUAUACCAAGGGAGCCUGCUGGAAAAAUAUGUGCGGCAAACCAUCUUCAAGGCAAAUGAGAUAUGGAGCUUUAUGCCUGAUGGUUUCAAUUUUCUGGGCUCGGGUGGGGUUUGGGGUUACGAUCAAGCUCAUUACCUCAGUCUGGGUGGGGUUUUGGGUAUUGAUGAGUCCCGAGGCUUUGAUCAAGUCACUGCAAGUCAGCAUAACAGAAGUGCUCUUAUCGAUGCAUUGAAAGAGUUUGAUGGAUUAAGCGCAGAUCUAGUGGCAGAGAUCCAUACCAUUGACAACAAGCUACCUGAUCACAAUCCGGAAAAGUCGACACAAGCCUACCUCGUUGCAUAUCUCGAUGACAUGCAAAAGCAACACGGCAAGAUCACUAGCAAACUCCAAGACUACCAAACAAGCAGCAAAAAAGCUCUCGACCUCGUCCACAAAUUCCGGCAAGCAGAAAAAAACACUUACGCCCUAAAACACCACGCCUCCGAUCUCAAACUCCUUCGCUCACAAUUGAGAAACACAGGUUCUGAAUUGGAGAAAUGGUUGAGAAAACAGGAUUCUGAUAUUGGCUUUGUGAUUCAAGAGGUGGAGGGUUUGUCGUGGAAGCAAGAAAUGAAAAGGGCGAGGUUGGGGAGUUGGAGGUUCAAGCCUAUGGUGGCUGGCGUGAAGAGGUUGAGGGGGUUGAUGGGGAUUGUGGGGGUCGUGUUGGAGUCGGUUGUUAGGGACAAUGGUGCAUUGGCGUAGUGUGCAAGAAGGUGGGUAGUGUGGCUGGUUGAAGUGGACUGAUAUACGAUGGAUGGAUAUGUAUAGGAGGGAUUUUGUACAUGUGUGAUAUU